GGUAACCAGGCCUUCACAUAAGCCUGAAAAUCAGUGAAUAGGAAGGCACCGGGCGUGUAAAGACCGACGGACAGCUCGGAUAUGGGCGCUUUCUCCGAGUCAUUCACCCACCACUCCGCUUUGCGCCAUACUCCAAGAUAAGCACUUGGACCGUGGAAUCACCGAUGCUCCACAAAUUUAUCGAGUCCUGAGCCCAAUCAACCCCUCAAGAUUGAUACGCAGCUACCUUCGUACAGUUAAGCGACGCGUUGCCAAAGACGCGUCGACGUCAAUCUACCAGCCAAUGAGGCUAAAGACCCUCAAUGGCGCACCAUUAUGCGAAUAUCUAGACUUCGACGAGAGCAGCCUCCUCGACGUCGACGACUGCGAUGAGUUCCAUUCGCCAGCAUAUCAUGCUUCAUCCGAAGACAGCACAGCCGCCUUGAAAUGGCGCCGCCUGACGAGCAAGCACACGCGCCUACGCACAGGAUGGUCACAACCAUAUCUUCCAGCGUCCAAUCUGCACCAUACCCAGCCUCAUCUAUCAUUCUCAAUUCCGAACAUAGAGGACGCUACUAACAUCGAUACCACGGCCACGUUUGACGAGCAGCCAUCCGAGAUUGACGGGCUCCUUCGACACUCAUUUAUCUUCCAUGACACGCUGCUGUCUUCACAAGUCGUGCCAGAUACAGGGGCCGAGGACACUAUUUCUUCGUCUUCCUUUUUGACCACGUCGUUCGGGACCACCGUAUCAGGAUUGAGCGGUCCAAGUGUAGUUGAUGGAAACAAUGUGGCCCUUCAUGUACCACCCAUGAUGGUCGUGACGUCUCUUGGGUCACUUCCUAGCGCGCCUCAUCUACACUCCAUUUACCCUCAGACGCCUGCACGGAACCUCCUUUGCGUACUAAUGAGUAACCCUGAGCGGCGAGAAGUCUUUGUCCGAAAAGGCGGAUACAAAAUGAACCUGUGGGAGGUAACUGUGGCAGACGACACUCACUCAAGCUUCAAGGUCACUUUCUGGAUACGUCCACCCCGCGAAUCAAAUGAUGUGCAGACCAAUGCCCAAAACCUACUUCUGCAGACCUUAGAACAGGUUAAAGUCGGUGAUAUUCUUCUCCUGCGCAACAUCGCACUCACCUCUUUUCGCGACACUGUAUAUGGGCAGUCAUUACACCCUGCCAUUACACGAGCCAGAACAACCAUCGAUAUCUUAAUGAGAGGUAGUGGAGUAUCAAUGGGACAAGUUGGUGGGCUGCCGGCGACUAUUGCCGAGACAUUCAUGCGAGUCAAAAGAUGGGCGAGGACACAUGUUGCUCCUGAUCAUGGCUCGAGGAAGAGGAAGGCUACCUCGACAAAAGGAGACAAACAUGCUAAGCGAGUCUUUUCAAACCCAGAACCCGAGGAGACCUUGCCGCCAGAUACCAUGGAAUCUGUCUGAAGCACAUUACUAUAAAAGGCUGGAUAUACCCCGCCGUUUCAUCCUCCAGCACCCAAUAACUCACGCGGACUUUCCCGAGUCGCUACCGGGUAGUUGCCCGAAGCUAUCCUUCAGCCUAAGGCUAUUUAGUUAGUAUAGCUACUUAGCUAGAUCUAAUUUUAUAUAAAGCGCCUGC